AUGGCUGCCGACCAGUUUGCCCCGCGGACGUUGGCAAAGAAGAACAAGAAGGGCUUAACCAUUGGAGGUCGCGGUGGCGGCGGUAGCUCCGAGUCCAGCAUCUCUCACAGCAAUGGAUCCGUCGAAAUAAAACGCAAGAGAAACACCCUGGCCGACAAACUCAAUGAUCUCGAAAUAGGAGUCGAGUAUCGAUUAGAGUUACGUGCCGAUGAUUUGGAGGUUCUGCACGAAUUAGGUUCCGGAAAUGGUGGUACCGUCAGCAAGGUCAUUCAUAAGGCUACAAAGUUAGUCAUGGCGAGAAAGGUCAUACAUAUCGAGGCGAAGCCGGCCGUCCGGAAACAGAUUGUCCGCGAGCUACAGAUAAUGUACGAAUGCCACUCGCCGUAUAUUGUCUCGUUCUAUGGUGCCUUCCUCAAUGAAGGAGAUGUCAUUAUGUGUAUGGAAUUUAUGGAAGCUGGUUCCCUAGAUCAUAUUUCAAGCGUGAUGGGUUCCAUAGAAAUAGCAUAUCUCCGUGAAAUCGCGGAUUCGGUUCUCCGAGGAUUGGUUUAUCUAUACGACGUACACAAGAUCAUGCACCGAGACAUCAAGCCUUCGAACAUACUUGUCAAUGGUAAUGGACAGAUCAAGCUCUGUGAUUUUGGCGUAUCUGGCGAAUUAGUGAACUCUAUUGCGGACACAUUCGUUGGAACUUCCACAUACAUGUCGCCAGAGCGUAUACAGGGAAGCAAAUACACCGUCAAGAGCGACGUUUGGUCCUUUGGAUUGACUAUGAUGGAACUUGCACUUGGAACUUUCCCCAAUUUUGGGGGUGGUGGACCGACUUCCGAUAGGCGUGCAUCAUCCGGGCCCAUGGGUAUUCUAGACCUCCUCCAAGCCAUUGUCAAUGAACCAGCCCCGAAACUUCCGGAGGACAAGUAUCCUCCAGAGCUUUCGGACUUCUGCGACAAGUGCUUGGCGAAGGACCCAGAUGCACGUAAUUCCCCAUCAGAGCUUUUGGAACAUCCUUUGAUCAAGAUGGAAUUCAAAAUCGACCUGGAACAAUGGGCUGACGAUAUCAUCAACACCGCUGCCAUCAAGAGUGCCGCGAAGAAAGGCCUCCCCCCUCCACCACCCCGAAUUCGUGAUCGCAGCCAACCGGAGAUACCGACCAUUGGUGCACAAAGGAAACCUAAAGCAUAA